CUAAGUACAAGGAGUUUCUCCUUUAUUUAUAGGAGAGGAUAAAGACCAAAACACAAAAGGAAUUCUAUUCCUACAAGGAAACAAAUCACUAAAUAUGAACAAGGAAACAAAUCAAGAGCAAUCCCACUUAGAAUGGGAUUUGCUCUCCUUCUUGCCGUGUGGUCCAAGGAGCACCGCCCAACACACAUACAACCAUUAUUUUAGAACCCAAGAAGGAACUCCAUCCUAAAGAUUAUGGAAGACCUGCAUCUCUAUGAGCACAUUUCAGGGUUGGGGGCCAACAGAUCUGAUCAAGCCAUUUGGAAACCCAAGUCUAAUGGUCUCUUUACACUUAAGGCUGCCAAACAUUUCUUGGAUUGUAGUGGGCACGCAUCUGUGCAGCAUCAAAAAUCGCAUUUCCAGUUUUGCUGCCUCUUCUUCUAUCUGAUUAUGCAGUCCAAUGUUUCUGGGGAUACGGAGAACUUGGAUUGUGGGUGAGCUCACUUUCCUUUUCCUAUCUUGCUAGGGGAUAGUGUUUGCGUGGGGUUGAAGUAUCAUGUCUUGCUUACUUAGUUUUGUGUUGUUUCGACCUUAUUGUGGCAUUGGUCAUGCCUUAGACUAAUGAUGUUGCUAGUUAGGACCUUAUUGUGGCUUUGGUCAAGCAUUAGACUAGUUGUUCUAGUUUGGACCUUAUUGUGGCUCUGGUAAAGCCUUGUUCUAGGCUCCCCCACCCUUUCCCCACUUAUUGUACUCUCCGGAAGGUUUGUCUUCCGUAUGAUGGGCUGACAUUAGACCUUGGUUUUGGUCCUCCCCUCACUUUGUGGUGACGAAAGUAUCUUAAUAAACUCGGUAAGGGUUG